GUAUUCGGAUCACACCCGAUUUUUGCAGUCGCUCUCACUGCGCCUUCUUCUUUGGCUGUCGUGACAGCGCACAACGAGCAAGUGGCUCUGCCAGCAUCCUCUCUUCUUAGCAAAAGCGCCUUUCACCGGAGAAGUCGUAUCUCUCACUUCACCUAUAUAUAUCCUCUCUCUCGAUCUCUGCGAGAAGGAUGGCGACGCCUUACCUACGGUGUCCCACCCCCACCCUCGCCGAGGAGGCGCUCAAGCUGGAGUGGGCCUUUGGUCUGAACAACGACUUCAAGGCCUGCGUGCACAAUCUCAGCACCAGCAGCCAGCAGCGCAGCGUCUUCUACGCCCUGGCACACGUCGGCGUGCUCUACGACGCCAUCCACAACACGCAGCAGCACAUGCGAGGGCAUCGCUACACCAUCAUCAGCUCGAGCUGCUGCGCGCACAACCACCGCUUCGUCGUGACCGCAGACGAGGGCGACGUCGAGGCCCGCAAACGCAUCCAGCAGCGCAACGUGCUGACACAAACCGCGAAGACCUAUCGAGAGCUGGAGGAUGUCGAGGACGCGGAAGUGCAGGAAGAGAGCGCUCUCCUCGUCGACCCCACCGUCGCCCGCCGCGAAGACGAGGAAGACGGUUCGACGAUGAUCGUCUGGGAUGCCGUGACAGCGCUCCCGUUGAAGGUGAUCGCCACCGGUAAAUACGGCGGUGUGCUGAGUGUGGCCAUGUCCCCGGAGGGGCAGUACCUGGCCACGCUGAACCGGCGCGACCCGCAGGAGAUAAUGAUUUGGUCGUGGACCCAGCAGCCGCAACAGCAACAACAGGGUGUGGGUGCAACUGAUGGGAGUGACACCCCUGUCGAUCCCUUUGCGGUGGUGGACAUGGCGCCCGUCUUUGUGCGCCGCAUCGCUGCCCGCGACGAGCAAACUUCGAUCGCCUUCUCGCGCGACCACCCGGAGCUGCUGUGCACCAACGGACUGCGCCGUGUGACUUUCUGGUCGUGGUCGGAGGGGAUUCUCAAGUACUACUCCGCGCCAAUCCUGCAACGCCGGCUGAAGGCCUCCGUCGGCAACUUCACCCACACCGUCUUCGUCCCUGGCACGACGAUGGCCUGCAGCGGCACCGUGGAUGGCGACGUCGUGCUGUGGUCGCUGCAGCCGCAGGACCGCGUCAUGAAGGAGCAGGACAAGACCCUCUUCAAGAUGGUGCGCGUGCACGCCGGUGGGGUCACCUUCCUCACCACCGUAGACGGAUAUCUCGUGACGGGUGGCAUGGACGGCACGGUGAAGUUCCUCGACGCGAAGCUGCGGUUGGUGGCGUGGUUUGAGGACUUCAACGGCGGCCCCAUCGUCUCCAUCAGCUUUGACCGCGUCCCACCCAUCACCGCCGUGGCGGAGGCGCGCGCGGCGGCCCCGGAUGAGGUGGAGCGCCAUCUGAUGGUGGAUGGUACCGCCGCGGCGAGCACCUUUACCGCGCCAGACUUUAUGGUGUCCACGGCGCACAGCAUGAUCAUCGAUGUGCCCGCCAAGGCCUUCCACACCUCUGGUGGUCUGACCAUCAACGGCAAGAGCGGUGCGGCGGAGGUGGCACGGGGCCGGCUCAUUGUCCAAGGGCAGGACCGCUCCGUGCAGUGCCUGUCAGCGCACCCCCGCCUACCCCGCCUGGCCAUCGGCGGCUACAGCGGCAACCUGCACCUCUGGGACUACGCCCAGAAGCGUGUGGUGCUGCUCAGCCUCUUUCGAAACCUGCUGAUUCGCUGCAUGACCUUCGAUCCAUCAGGGAAGUGGCUCGUGGUGGGUUUCACGAACGGCACCAUCAAAGUCCUCGACGCGGAGACGCUGGAGGAGGUGCAGACACUGCGGCCCCUGAGCACCUCCGGCAACGGCGGGGCUGCCGGCGAAGACGCUGCGGCCGCCACCACCACAAACAGUGGUGGUAGGUCGACCCCGGCUUCGGCGGGAAGCAAGAGUCCAUCCGUCGCUGCGCCGCUGCAGGGGGCUCCCUCGAUGCGCAGCACCGGCGGCAAAUGCCCCGCGGCUGACGUUGCCGGUGCGACGGGGACGGCGGCGCUCAAGUCGGCGAUCGGCGUAGACGUGAUCUGCUUCUCGGCGGACAGUCGGCUGAUGGCCACCGCCAGCGCAGACGGCCGCGUCGGUCUGUACGAGUACGUCACGAGCUACACCUCCAGCCCGGGUGGUGCUGCGAGCGCCGCCAGCGCGUCGAAGAAGAAGACGGAGUGGCAGCUGGUCGGGCACCACAAGACGCACAAGGCAGCCAUCUGCGGCCUGCACUUCGGCUCCACCGCCGACGUCGGCGAGGAUGCGGUGCGGCUGCUCUCCGUCGGUGCCGAUAAGCGGCUGAUUGAAUACGACUUGGUGAACUCCACCCCCGAGGCGGGCUUAUUAGUGCGUGCCGCCCACAAGAUCUCGCAGGAGUCGGUCCCGACGGGGUUUGUUUGGCUACCCGACGGUGCCGCGCUGCUGGAUGCGGAGAGUCAGCCGCGUGACUUCUACCAGAGCAUGGACAACUCUCACGUGGAAGAGCACCGCAACAGCAAUAACGGGUCCCGCGGACCGGAGCGAUGCGGCUCGGCCAGCUCGGCCGCCGUGUCGCCGACGCCGUCUUCAAUAUAUGUGCCGGGCAGAGCCGCUUUCGUCGACGUCCACGACACGCUGCUCAUCGCGAACAACGAGUACAAGUUUCAGAUGUUUCUGAGCAACUGGAGUCGUCAGUGUGUCAAGACGGUGCUGAGCCCCACCUUUGGCGGGCCUGUCACGCGCAUGGCCGUCGUGUCGCCGCCGCCACGCGAGAACGCCGCAGAGGCGGAGGCGGAGAACGGAUUGCAGGAAAGCCCUCGCUGCUUAGUCUACGCCACGGCGGAGAAGGUCAUCGGGCUCGUGCACCUGCCCCUCCGCGGCGACCCCCUCUGCUCCAUCGGCCUCCUCGCUCACCCGGGCAGCAUCCUCAGCAUGGUCGCCUCCUACGACGGGCGGUACAUCUUCACCGCCGGCGGGGCCGACCAGUCGGUCAUGCAGUGGUGCGUGAAGGGGGAGGCCAUCCUCCCGCCGGCGGAGCUGGUGGCGGUGGAGCACUGCACCGAGAAGGGCGGCGUCCCGCUGCGCCACCUCAUUAGCGCCGUCGAGGGCGGGGCGGACGGCGAGCUCAUGAAGGAGGUGGUGGACUACUUCUACUACGCUCAGAUCCGCGCGCAGGGCGAGGAGACGACGGCGAAGCGCGUCCUGCUCGGGGCGAUUCCGUUUUCGCAGAUGCCCAACCUGCUGCGGUCGCUCGGCUACUACCCCUCUGACAUGGAGAUCGGCCACAUGACCUACGAGGUGGCGAACAUGUACGGCCCGCCCGACGAGCCCUUAGUCGACCUCGACGUCGAUGCCAUCCUGCUAGACUUCUCGCAGUUCAUGCGGCUCUACAUCAACUACCGCCCCGUGUUCGGCAUUGCGCGGCAGGACAUCGAGGCGGCGUUCCGCGCCCUCGGCGCAGACGCCGUCACGGGCGAGAUCAACCGGGAUCAUUUCUUCCACAUGCUAUCGACGAAGGGCGAGCCGCUCAAAGCGAGCGAGAUUGCGUCGGCGCUCAGUGCCCUGCUGGGUGACGGUAUCCGUCUAGAAAUGCUGGAGGACGUCAUCACGGCGCGCACGUUUGCAGAGAACCUCCUCGGCUUUGAGGACUACGAUGACGACGAGGCGGAGGGGGGCAACGGUACCGGGGGACAGCGGGGUAACGGAGCUGGGGGCGACAGUGGAAAGGGGUUCAAUGAGGACAUGGACGAGGACAACCCAGGCGAAACCAGCCUGGUUGUGCAAAACGAAGACGGUGUAUCUGUUCUGUAG